AUGAAAUUUUAUAUCAGCGGGUUUUUUGACUUUCCAGAGGGCAAAUAUUUCUACACUUUUAUGUGGUUUGUUUAUAUAACAACUGUUUUUGGAAAUGUGGUUCUUCUCCUGAUUAUUUUGCUGGUCAGAUCUCUUCAUACGCCCAAAUACAUGAUUGUGUUCAACCUGGCUCUGACAGACCUGUGCGGCAGCACUGCUCUCAUUCCUAAACUUUUGGACACUUUUUUGUUUGAAAACAGAUAUAUUGAAUUUAAAGCUUGUCUUAGUUACAUGUUUUUUGUGUUGUUUUUUGGCAGCAUGCAGUCCUGGACACUUGCUGUAAUGUCUUUUGACAGGUUUAUAGCUAUUUGCUUCCCCUUGCAUUACCACAUUGUAGUGACUAAACCAGCUAUAGCGUUGAUGCUGCUGUUUGUUUGGCUCAUAUCUGUGUGUAUACUGGGUGCUGUAGUGGGCCUCAUUGAUCAUCUGUCCUUCUGUAAAUCUUUGGUCAUUCAGAGUUAUUACUGUGAUCACGAGUCAUUGUAUCGUAUAGCAUGUAACAGUGUGUUAGUAAACCAACAGUUUGCCAUGUUUGGGGGUGUUGCAGUAUUUUUGAUUCCUCUGUCUUUAAUAGGAUGCAGUUAUGUCAAUAUAGCUGUUGUACUGAAGAGGACUUCUGUUGGAGAUCGUGUAAAAGCUAUAAAAACCUGCACGUCUCACCUAAUGCUGGUGGCCAUAUUUUUCAUCCCUCUUAUUAGUGCAAAAACUGUAGUUCAUCUUCCUAGUUUUAACCCAAAUACUCGCAUGAUUAACUUUAUUUUAUCACAAACAAUACCAUCAUUACUGAACCCAUUUGUCUAUUCUUUAAAGACAGAGGAGAUGCUAAAUGUCAUAAAAAGUAUUUGCGGAAGAUGUAAAAGACAAUGA